AUGGAUGAAACCAAGCCAAUGAAGGUUGUUGAGAGCAGCCACGUUUCACCACCGCCAGGCUCAGUUCCCACUACCUCUCUUCCUCUCACUUUCUUUGAUUUGCAAUGGUUUCCACUUCCCAAUGUUCAACGCCUUUUCUUCUAUGAAUUCCCAUACCCUACCUUGCAUUUCAUGGAAACCAUUCUCCCGUUGUUAAAACAAUCUCUCUCCCUUACCCUGCAACAGUUUUUCCCCUUCGCGGCCAACGUAGUGUGCCCUCCGUCACCGGGGAAGCCUUACAUCCAUUACGAAGACGGCGGCAGCUCCGUUGCUUUCUCGGUCGUCGAAUCCCCUUCGGAUUUCCGCUGUGCAAUAGCCGAUUAUCCGCGAGACGUUAAAACGUUACAUCCCUUCGCGCCACAUCUACGGACCGCACUGUCGGAGGCGAAAGACGGUACGCGGGUGGUCUUGCUCCCUGCACUUGCCUUCCAAGUGACCGUGUUCCCGAACGCUGGCGUUUGCAUCGGGUCUAGUUACUGCCACGUGAUCGGCGACGGGAAGGCAUUCAUGCAUUUCAUGAAGUCUUGGGUGGACGUUUACGCUGCGGUCGGUCUUGAAAAAUCAUCGCUUCCAUUGUUUAACAAGGAUGUGAUCAAGGAUCCUAACAGGGUAGAGUCGUUUCUAUUGAAAAUGUAUCACGACUGGCUUUCAUCUCUCAGGGAGAAUUCGGGCUUAACAGAUGUCGGAUCAGAAGUAAACAUGGUUCGUGCCACAUUCGUGUUUCGUCGAGCCGAUGUCGAGAGGCUCAAGCAAUUGGUUGCAUCGCAGUGCAUGAACGAAGCUAAUUCGAACCAAUUCCAUCAUGUAUCAACUUUUGUGGUAACAUGUGCUCUAACAUGGGUUUCAUUGAUCAAAUCAAAAGUAAGUGUUGUUAACACCUUAUCAUAUGUUGAUGAUGCUGAUGAGUUAUAUUAUUUGCUAUUCCCCUUCGAUUGCCGGAACCGCCUUGAAUUUCCGGUUCCGUCAACAUAUUUCGGGAACUGUAUAAAACCUGGAAUUGUAGAGAUGAAGAAGGAGGAGUUAACAGGUGAAAAUGGGAUUGUUUUAGCUGCCAAAGCCAUCGGAAGCAAAGUUAAAGAAAUGGUACAAAGUGGUAUAAGUGGGGCGGAGAAUUGGCUAACUAGCAUCGCAGAGAGAAGUAAAACGGGGCGUCUAAUUAAUUUGGCCGGUUCGCCGAAGUUGCGGGUGUACGAUACUAAUUUUGGGUGGGGAAGGCCUCGGAAGGUGGAGCUGAUGCACGUGGAGUCCGGGCAGACUAUAUCUAUGGCGGAGUGUAGGGAUGAAGAAGGUGGAAUUGAGGUUGGUGUGGCUUUAAACAAGAACCAAAUGGAUGAAUUCGUUGCCACCUUUGGGCAGAGUUUAAAGCUUCUUUAG